AAAAAAACAUCAAAAUAGAUCGCAGUACUACUACAAAGGUAGACAAUCGAGGUUAGUCUCACUAUUAAUGCACGCCUUAAUUCAUCAUAACUUGAGAUUUAAUGAAUCAUCUCUCUUGAGCCACUCAUUAACCAUUCGAAUGUAUAUAGGCCCUAGUAACAACGGCUUCGGCAUUGUACAGUUGGACCUCAAGUGUACCAGUGUGUAUCGCAUUGAAGUAUUCUCAAUGUCACCCACUAAUGUGCCUAAGUGACAUUAACAAAUUUGGUGUUUGUCCGUUGCUAUGAUACGUAUGUGAUAUUGGCUACUCGAAUGUCGAUACUUAGAGACUCUACAAGGAACAUGUACAUACAUUAAUGUACUAUAGGUCUGAACAUCUGAUACAUUUAAUACAGUUUUCUGCAAUUCUAUAUAUAAAGCUGGAUUAUCAUUUAUCAGACUCAAAUAACGACGAUCCUUCAAUUCAAAUUUCAAGUUGAUUAGUUACUAAGAUGAAAAACUAUCGCUCUAGGACUUGUAUAAAGGAGUUUCAGAAUAUAAUGGCACACGGAUUAAAAUUAAAAUCAUUUAUCUUCAUUUUGGGUGUCGUGUUGCUGCUGCUAUUCAUGAACUUUCACUGUUUCUACAAUCUGUGUUUCCCUUGCCAACACCCGAAGCCAGUAAAACCCAAGCGAGCAAAUAGCAGUGGUCUUAUUAAAGGAAUUAGCACAGUGUUGCUGUGUGAUGUCCAGAAGGAGGCUGCGGUGCCGAAAUGCCAAGCUCCCGGAAGUGCUGCUGAUAAGCUGAGAUUGAUCAGAGAUAUCUUCACAAGCUAUGGUAACGACGAAACGGUCACGGCGUUGUUCGGAGACAAGCUGAAAGCGAGCAACUUUGAGGCUUGGGAGAUACCUACCGUGGCACAUUAUGUUUGGUGUGGCAACAAGUUUUUUCGCUUCGAGGAUUAUCUCGGCGUGUUAAGCAUGGUACGUGUCCUUAGACCCAUGAAACUGAUAUUUCAUUACGAUUCACUUCCCCUCGAGAAAGAUCUGUACCACACAUGGUUCCAAGAACUUAAGCAGUCCCUCCCUUACCUUGUUCUAAGACGCACGAAUAAAACCAUCGCCUGCGGCACGAUGGAUGCACUGAACUACGGUCUGGAGCAGCUUGCAGCGAGUCCAAGUGGUGGGGUCUUCUUCGGUGAACGGGCUGUCCUGACCUACAUUCCAAAUCUUUGGCGAGAAGAGAACUACCUGACCUACCUCAUGCCGGGAGCCAGUCACAGUGAAGAGACGAUAGUCUUUGCCAGAUAUGGACUUGUGCAGUCUGGAGUUAGCCUUCAGGACUACAAGAAUAACUCGCUAAAGAGCUCUUACGAGUGUGUGAAUGUUGACCAGUUUAACACGAUGGUCAGAAACGUCACCGAGUCUGGUGCUUUGCAGCAAAUGAUUGAUGAUGUCCUCCCCCCAUGUCUUGCAGUAGCUGGCCCACUUUAUCCUGAACAUAUUAUUACGAGUAAAACGCCUUUCGGAAGAGUGGCCAGAUUUCUGUAUUAUGGUAAAUCAGAACCAAUUCAAGCCAAACAAUCAAAGGAUCCUAAGGAUCUAAUCCCACCAAUAAGUCACAUGAUCAUGUUGAAUCCAGCCAAAGACAAGCCAGUGGUUCUGACAUUCUCACACUACAUGAGCAUCCUCUCCGCCUUAUACUUAGGAGGCUUUCAACGCGUUUACAUUCAUGGCGACACGUUGCCGUCAGGCGAGUGGUGGACAAGACUAGCCAAUGAAAGUGUGACGUUUGUGUAUAUCGAAGUCGUGGAGACAGUGUUUCAGCAAGAUGUGAAGGUCUAUGCUCACCAGUCAGAUAUACUCAGAGCUAUCAUACUCCUCAAGUACGGAGGAGCUUACCAGGACAAGGAUGCACUCUGGUCCAGCCCUGUACCAGAAGAUGUCCGGAGAUAUCCCGCUGUUGGAUGCUAUGACUGGGUGAAUCGUGGAGAGUGGCCGAGGAGUUUCAAUACUGGAGUCUUUCUGUCCAAGCCAGGUUCAACUUAUCUGAGACAGUUUUUGGAUUCGUUUUGGUACGAAUGGGAUUCAUCGUGGAUAUUUAACGGAGUUCUGAUGCCUUACAAAGUGUACGAACGCCAUCCCGACACUUUAUUUAUAGAUACUCAUCUUCAGACUAUCUGCUACGUCGGUGUUUGUCACCCAGCCUGGCAUGACGAUUACAUGAGGCCAGAGAGCCAGGCUUCUCAACCGACCAGAGACUUUAAACAGAAUGAAACCUACGCGCUUCAUUACACGCACCCAAAGCCAGAUAGUAUUUUGACGUCAUUCCAAGCCAUUCAAAGCGGAACUAGUAUUCUUCACGAGCUGGGAAAAAAUGUCCUAAGGGCGAUCAUCAAGUCAGGAAAAAGACACUUAGUAGAGGGAGCUAAUGUAGACAAACUUUAAAUUAGAGAAAAUUUAGAAGCCGGUCACUUUAAAGAGUAAUCAGAUACGAGAGAGGUUGGGGGCGUGUGGGACUUUUGAAGUGAAGAAGUCGAAACCAUUGUGACGUCACUUCGAAUCCCUAACCACACGACCAUCUGCUGCUGUAAACAAAUGUUUUGUUCGUCACUUAAUGUAGUGUGUAGUGUGCAGGUUUCAAAGUCCAAGUCCAGUUGAUGUUACACAUCAGCAAAUGUUGGUAUACGAUAGUAUGAUGGUAUAAUAGUAUGAUAGUAUAUAGUAUAUGAUGAUAGUGAGGGUGAAGCCUUCGAAAUUAUCAACGGAGGCGAGCUUUAUGACCGAGGCUAAUUUCAAGACGUGACGACACCAGUUUGUGCUUGCGAUUCCUUGCCUCAUCAAUUAGUUAUCAGUACAAAAGAGUUGACUUAAUCAGUAGAUGACAGAACAAAGUGUUGACUUAAUCAGUAGAUGACAGUGCAAUGGUUGACUUAAUCAGUAGAUGACAGAACAAAGUGUUGACUUAAUCAGUAGAUGACAGAACAAAGUGUUGACUUAAUCAGUAGAUGACAGAACAAAGUGUUGACUUAAUCAGUAGAUGACAGAACAAUGUGUUGACUUAAUCAGUAGAUGACAGAACAAAGUGUUGACUUAAUCAGUAGAUGACAGAACAAAGUGUUGACUUAAUCAGUAGAUGACAGAACAAAGUGUUGACUUAAUCAGUAGAUGACAGAACAAAGUGUUGACUUAAUCAGUAGAUGACAGAACAAAGUGUUGACUUAAUCAGUAGAUGACAGAACAAAGUGUUGACUUAAUCAGUAGAUGACAGAACAAAGUGUUGACUUAAUCAGUAGAUGACAGAACAAAGUGUUGACUUAAUCAGUAGAUGACAGAACAAAGUGUUGACUUAAUCAGUAGAUGACAGAACAAAGUGUUGACUUAAUCAGUAGAUGACAGAACAAAGUGUUGACUUAAUCAGUAGAUGACAGAACAAAGUGUUGACUUAAUCGUAGAUAACAGUAGAAGUGUUGACGAGGGCGAGACCAUUUGUUAUAGAAGGCCUCGACCUGUGCCAACGAGCUAUUGGUCUACACUGCCCACAAGCUGUGACGUUACAUAUCAACGUUCUAUGACAAUUGGUCUAGGAUUGGGGAGGGGGGUCGCCUGAGAGCGUGGACUGACAAGGGGGACAGGACUGGACUCAGAGUAACGGAAGUAAAUCCAAGUCCUUACAGUCGAUGUUUGUCUGCUGUGGCUCGUCUACACCUAAUUUUGCAUCAAUCCGCCAUUCUUCUUUGAGUUGUCUCCUCUAACUUUUCAACAGUACAUAUACCUGUGCAUUCUUUUCUAUCUCAGAGUAAAGAUAAGGGCGGUAAUUUAAGGCAUUUCAUAAAAAAACAAAGACAAGGACUUGAAGCGCAAUAUUAUAGGUGACCUUGUCAUUUGCCUAUUUUACUCCAUUCCUAAGCUGUCAUUUUUGGGAAGUUCUCAUUCUACAGCAAUAAGUUUCUUUCAAAUUUCUUCUUGUGAAUGUGAUUUUCAGUUGUAAAUUACUUUUAGCUAUUUAUUUCUAAAAAUUGUCUGAAUUUGUUUGGGAAUUUGCCUUGAGAUACACAUAUCAUAUGCAGUGCAACAAUAUGUGUAUAGCUUUAGUUCUGCUGUUAAUUUCUUGUUUCUAGAAUGAGAAUAUAUAAUUUUUUUUGUGUGAUUUGACUCAAAUACUUAUGUAUAGUGAUAAUGUGUAUACCUUUCAUUUUGUGUAUUUUUUAAUGCUAAAAUGAAAAAAAAAAUAUUUUUGGGAUUUGACUCACAUACUUAUGUACCCUGACAAUGUGUAUAGUAUAUACCUUUGAUUCUGUUUAUUUCUGUUGCAUGAAUGCAAUAUAUUUUUUCUGGUAUCAUUUGACUCAAAUAUUUACCUACGAGAUAAUUUGUAUGCCUUUGAUUCUGUGUAUUUCUAAAAAGAUAUAUAUAUAUUGUAGUGAUUUGACUCAAAUACUCACGUAAGUGAUGAUGUGUAUGCCUUUGAUUCUGUGUAUUUCUUGAUGCUAGAAUUAGAAUCCAAUGAAAUGUAAACAAGGAACUGUAAACAACCUUUUUAUGUUUCUCCCUGCGCUCCAUGGACGCUUUCAUUUGUGCCUCGCAUUCCUAUCAAAAUCAAAAGUUAGGUCUUUCAGUGUACGGACCAAAGGUUUGGAACUCGCUACCCUUUCAGAUCAAACAACAGGCUUCACUACAUUCAAAGUGAACAUAAAGACCUAGCUGAUGAAAACAUAUUUUGAUGAUCUGUCAUAGUAAAUCUCCACCUGUCUGUGUGGUACACAUCUUGUACAACCACUUCCUAUAUCUGGUACACAUCUUGUACACACACUUCCUAUGUCUGGUACACAUCUUGUACAACCACUUCCUAUGUCUGGUACACAUCUUGUACACCCACUUCCUAUGUCUGGUACACAUCUUGUACACCCACUUCCUAUGUCUGGUACACAUCUUGUACAACCACUUCCUAUGUCUGGUACACAUCUUGUACACCCACUUCCUAUGUCUGGUACACAUCUUGUACACCCACUUCCUAUGUCUGGUACACAUCUUGUACAACCACUUCCUAUGUCUGGUACACAUCUUGUACACCCACUUCCUAUGUCUGGUACACAUCUUGUACAACCCCUUCCUAUGUCUGAUACACAUCUUGUACACCCACUUCCUAUGUCUUUUACACAUCUUGUACACCCAUUUCCUAUGUCUGAUACACAUCUUGUACACCCACUUCCUAUGUCUGAUACACAUCUUGUACACCCACUUCCUAUGUCAGGUACACAUCUUGUACAACCCCUUCCUAUGUCUGAUACACAUCUUGUACACCCACUUCCUAUGUCCGGAACACAUCUUGUACACCCACUUCCUAUGUCUGAUACACAUCUUGUACACCCACUUCCUAUGUCUGGUACACAUCUUGUACAGACACUUUCUAUGUCUGGUACACAUCUUGUACAACCACUUCCUAUAUCUGGUACACAUCUUGUACACCCACUUCCUAUGUCUGGUACACAUCUUUUACACCCACUUCCUAUGUCAGGUACACAUCUUGUACAACCCCUUCCUAUGUCUGAUACACAUCUUGUACACCCACUUCCUAUGUCCGGUACACAUCUUGUACACCCACUUCCUAUGCCUGAUACACAUCUUGUACACCCACUUCCUAUGUCUGAUACACAUCUUGUACAACCACUUCCUAUGUCUGAUACACAUCUUGUACACCCACUUCCUAUGUCUGAUACACAUCUUGUACACCCACUUCCUAUUCUAAGCUGAAGUUGAAACUUUGCAUGUUUAUUUUUUUGACCCUAACAUGAAGCAUUAAAAAAAAACUGACCAAUUAUUUUAUCAAUUAAUCUUAAUCAAUUAAUAAAUUUUUGUUUUUCUCAGAAAAGGGAUAUAAAUCUUGUAGUAAUGAGAUCUAUUACAUUAUUUGUGCGGUUCUAUCUCUUAUAUAAACGUGUAAAAAAGUAUUUUUUUAAUUAUUAUUUGGCUUGUAAUGUCGGUCAUGUUCUGACAGACCCUUGGGCCCUACGUUAUCUUUGGUAACAGCGCUACAUUUAUUUAAUUAAAGUAAAGUUCCCCUUUCAGACCAUGCGAUCUAUAGGGCAGAUGAUGUUAAUGUCAUCUGUUUCUGUUUAUUAGUGCCCUUCAACCACGAGCAACCCUCUAAAUUUUCUACCUCCUAUAUUGUUUUGUUUUUCUCUGUUUCUGCCAUCAGUUAACAAAUUAUUUUUUAGAAGUUUAAAGUUUAAGCAAUACUUUUGUAGUCCUUUUUACAAGCUUUAUAUCAACUCAGUCUGUCUGAUUGCCUGGUAAAAUUUUUGAUACAUUUUUUUUUUCAUUUAUCAUUCUCGGAUCAAGUCAAAACUUUGCACAAUUAUUUAUUGAAUUUGACAAGACAUGAAUCAAUUAAAAAAAAUAAUAUAAAAAAAA